CUCGCAGCUCGCAGUAGGUCCCAGCAGCCGGGAUCCGCAGCAGGGAGCUCGCCGGCCGACUUUGCUGAACCCCCGCGGGCGCUCUCCUGUCCAGCUUGCCCCACCAAGGGAUCGACAUGGUGGCCACCUGCCUGCACCUGGCCGGAUUUGUCUGCAGUUUUAUAGGGUGGAUCGGGGUGGUUGUGGCAACGGCCACCAAUGACUGGGUGGUGACUUGCGGCUACACCAUUACCACCUGCAGGAAGAUGGAUGAGCUGGGAUCCAAGGGGCUGUGGGCAGACUGUGUCAUGGCGACGGGUCUCUAUCACUGCAAGCCCCUCGUGGACAUCCUCAUACUGCCAGGGUAUGUCCAAGCAUGUCGAGCACUGAUGAUCGCCGCCUCUGUCCUGGGUCUUCCUGCUAUCUUCUUGCUGAUAACGGUCUUGCCCUGCAUCCGGAUGGGCCACGAGCCUGGAGCUGCCAAGUACCGGCGGUCCCAGCUGGGAGGGAUCCUCAUCAUCCUCCUGGCCAUGUGCGGCGUCGUUGCGACGAUCUGGUUUCCCGUGUGUGCCCACCGCGAGACCACCAUUAUGAGCUUCGGCUACUCCCUGUACACGGGCUGGAUCGGCUCUGCCCUCUGCCUCUUCGGCGGCUGCGUCAUCGUCUGCUGCUCGGGAGAUGCCCAGACGUUUGGUGAAAACCGUUUCUACUACGCUUCGGGAUCCAGCUCCCCUACCCACGCAAAGAGCGCUCACGUGUAAGCGUCCUGGGGACGUCCCACGGCUGCCGUCGGAUGCUUUGGCUGGUGGGUUUGUGUGCCCUGGGUUUGCUUCUACUGACACACACUGCUGUCAGGCUCCCAGGGGAAGAUUUAGAAAAGCAGCACAAAUGUCUGGUAGUUUGAAGCGUUAUUCUCCCCAUCUGUUCCCCCCUUCUCUAGAAAAGAAAGCUCCAGCCAGCCCUACCUCUUGGUCCUCCCCAUUUUGUCCUGACCACCUGCCCCAUCUUCUUGCAGCCAGGAUGACUCAGGUGGUUUGGGGUUGUCAUGUGGUUUUUAGGGUUUUUAUUUUAUUUUCCAGCUCCCCUGAUUAUAGGAGAGUUUAAAGCAAUAAAACAGAAACGAGAGAGACAUUUUCCCAUUGUUAGAAGGACUCUGGCAGCUUCUCCCACCAUGUCACUAUUUGCUUUCCCCCGUUCAAGGUCACUGCUUUGGCACGGUUUGGGCGAGAGGGUAGGGAGGAAGGCUGUACUCUCCAACCAGGCAAAUGUUUCUCUUUUGGAACAAGAGUAGGGGAAUUUUUUUCUGCCUUUCUCUGUAAAUACUUUUGUAUGAGUUUGAUCAUUUUAGUAACAGUAUUCCCCGCCCCCCAGUCAUCAGUAUGAAGGAAACAGAACCCAAAGGUCCUAAUUACAUGGUAAAUAACGGUGCCUUUUUAUAUAGUUUUAAAUGACUUUGGGGGCUCUAAUCCCCGCACUCUGGUUUGGUUUCUUUUUUUCCUCUGUACAGAUCAGUUACUAAAAAUGUAUUUUUAUGUUUUUUUAAACUCCUUGCUUUCUUCCUCUAAAUUUGUGUUCUGUCUUGCAUCAUUAAAGUAGCACAUUUUAACAGACAGUAUAAUGUACCUGUUACAAUUCUGGUGAAUACUGAUGAUGCCUUUGUACUUUCAGUGAAAUACUGUACAAUAAAUAACAGAGUACCUGCAA